AAAAAGCUCACCUUACACCUUGACUUCCAACGGCCAUUUCACCGCCCCUUCACCAUGGCGGCCAAACAUGCCGCGCAAGACCUUUCCGACGCCGCACUGGGAGGUCCAAUUGGCCUGAAAGAUGGCUACUUUGUCGAUAAUUACGGACGCACGCUCACCCUGCACGGCCUCAACAUCUCCGGAGCAAGCAAGCUGCCUACGACGCCCAACGGCCUGUCUCAUCUCACCGAUGGCUUCUUCGAGCACCGGACGGUGACCUUCAUCGGCAGGCCGUUCCUACUUGAAGAUGCGCCGCUGCACUUCAGACGGCUGCAGGCUUGGGGCCUGCCCCUUGUCCGUCUGCUUGUUACGUGGGAGUCGAUAGGACACUCUGGGCCGGACCCGGAGACGGAUGUUGAUCUUGAGUAUAUCGAGUACCUGCGCCAGCUCAUCGAGAUCAUGCCAAAAUAUGGCAUCAAGUGCUUCAUCUGCGCUCAUCAGGACGUGUGGAGCCGGUUCAGUGGCGGCAGCGGUGCACCCGGCUGGACGUUUGAGGUUGCUGGGCUCGAUGUCGAGGCGUUCACUGAGACUGGAGCCGCGUAUGUACAUGGUCAGGAUGAGCUGAGGAGAACUACUGCUCCUGUGAAUGAGAAGGAGCCGAGCGGUCCGUUUGUGUGGCCAUCUGGGUACCAGAAAAUUGCAGCAUCGACGAUGGCGACGUUGUUUUGGGCUGGCGACGCUCUGGCGCCAAAGCUGCAAUGUCAGCGAGCAACGAACGGCAAAGUCGAGACUGUAUCGGCUCAGGAGUUCCUUCAGAGUGCCUUCAUCGAAGCCUUUGGCCGACUCGCGGAUGAAGUUGCUGGACUCGAGGCAUGCGUUGGAUUUGAGCCGUUGAAUGAGCCGCAUCGAGGUCUCGUCAAUCUUCACGGGUUCGACGGAUGGAACUACGAUACCGACUUGCAUAUCGGAUAUUACCCCUCUUUAACACAGGCGCUCGCCCUUGCAAGUGGCUACGCUCAGGAAGUCAACUACUACGUCAAGUCCUGGCCGUUCCCUACUCGGAUCUCACACAAAACUAUCGUUGACCCGAAGGGAAGAUCUGCCUGGUUGGCUGCCAAGGCAAAUGCAUCGACGCCACAAAAUUAUGGUCUCGGGGAAUGUGUAUGGCGCGCUCACGGCGUCUGGGACUGGAAUGAAGCUAAAAAGGGGCCCAAGGUUCUGCAGCAAGACUACUUUGAGGUGGAUCAUCGGCCAGGCCGUGAAGGCAAGCCGCUGGAAUGGUACCGUGACUUUUACGGUUCCUUUCUCAAGCGCUUUUCUGACCGCGUCUCACGGAAGUCUUCCCGCCAAUUCUGCUUCUUCGAGCCGAUACCGAACGAGUUCGUGCCCCCUUGGAUCGGUCAGGAUGGAAAGGUGGACGAAGCCGGACAGAAGCAGACAUAUGCGACUAAGACGAUCAUCGACACCCCGAGACCAGAGAACCUCGUCUUUGCGCCUCACUUCUACGACCUCAACGUACUAUUCAGCAAGCAUCACUCUUGGAUGAGCGUCAACGUCCAGGGCUUAUCGAGAGGCAUGUUCAUCUUGAAGGCACUCUACUUCGGCGCCAAAGCACUCCGCCAAAACUACCGCACGCAGCUCGCCAACAUUCUCAAGUACGGGCAAAAGUCGUUGGGUACCCACGUGCCCGCCCUCAUCGGUGAGGUCGGAAUACCCUACGACAUCAACGGCGGCGAAGCGUUCAAGACGGGUCAGUACGAUAAGCUACGAGAGCUGAUGCACGCCCUCGUUUCCGCCAUGGAGGAUAACAAUCUCGCAUUUACGUUGUGGAAUUAUAACCCUGACAACCGGGUCGGGUACGGUGAUGGGUGGAACAAGGAAGAUUUCUCUGUCGUUAAUGGCGAUACUGAAGCCAAGCCGGGCCACAUUCUGCCAGACUAUGCGAACGAAGCGCAUGAGGAUGACGAGCUAUACCGCGGUGGGAGGGUCCUUGACGUGGUUAUCCGCCCCUACGCCGUCAAAAUUGCAGGUCGCCCUGUUCGUUCGGACUGGAACCCGCGGACCCUCCACUACGAAUUUGCGUGGACUUCAGAAGCCGAAAGCGACGCCAAGAACGGUAAGAGCCAGCCAGAAAAGUCGCGGACGACGGAGAUAUUUGUGCCAAAGUACCACUACGCAGAUCGCAACAUCGACAUCAAGGUCAGCGACGGAGAGUGGUCGUAUGAUCCUGAUCUAGCGACGUUGUAUGUGCACCACGACGGGAGCAAGAGCACGCACCGCUUGACGAUUGAUAUUACGAAUAUACCGAGGCAUCUGAUGGAGACUGUGGAAAGAAGGCGGCGGGCGUUCCCGCCUAGUUUCCCAUUGAGUCUCAUCUCGCCUAGUACGGAGCUUGCGAUUGAGGAGUUGAUGAUGCCGAUGUUGUUGCCUGGACUUCUUGUCAUUUUGCUGGCUAUUGUGACGAUGUUUGUCUAGUGUCACGUGGUUAAUCCAUGGUUGAAUAGUAGUGCGGUAGAUGUUCGAAGUUGAUGGGUUUAUAAAUCGGGUGCUUAAAUGAGCUUCGUGAGAGGCCUUAGAUCACAGGCAUAAGGACAUGUACUGGCUCAUGCCUAUUAAACCUCAAAAAUUGAAGUACGCUGACAAUA